GUAGAACCGGGACAGUAAUACCAGUGCGCCGGAAGUCGCGGUUUCUAUUGGCGGAAGGAUUAGCGUGUCGGAUCGCGGUGGUUUUGUACGAUGAUGGCGGCUCUGAGUGUGCGGGACCCGGCGGUGGACCGAUCCCUGCGAUCAGUGUUCGUUGGGAACAUCCCCUACGAGGCGACAGAGGAGCAGCUGAAAGAUAUCUUCUCUGAAGUUGGUCCUGUAGUAAGUUUCAGGUUGGUGUACGACAGAGAGACCGGAAAGCCGAAAGGUUAUGGCUUCUGCGAAUACCAAGACCAGGAGACGGCCCUCAGCGCCAUGCGCAACCUGAACGGGCGGGAGUUCAGCGGGCGCGCUCUGCGAGUGGACAACGCGGCCAGCGAGAAGAACAAAGAGGAGCUGAAAAGUUUGGGAACCGGUGCGCCCAUAAUAGAGUCCCCGUAUGGUGAUCCGGUGUCCCCGGAGGACGCCCCGGAGUCUAUAAGCCGGGCUGUUGCUAGUUUGCCCCCUGAGCAGAUGUUUGAACUGAUGAAACAGAUGAAGUUGUGUGUGCAGAACAGUCCUCAGGAAGCCCGGAACAUGCUGCUGCAGAACCCACAGUUGGCUUAUGCUCUCCUUCAAGCUCAGGUGGUCAUGAGGAUCGUGGAUCCAGAGAUCGCUAUGAAAAUCCUUCACCGUCCUGCGGUCAUGCCGCCCAUGAUGCCCGGAGGCCAGCAGCCAGGCCCGGGACCCGCCGGACCUCUCAAUCAGCAGAAUCUUCCUGGUGGUCAGCAGCUGCCUGUGGGACCAAUGCAUUUGAAUGGAGGACCCCCAAUGAUGCAACCUCUCCCUAUGCAAGGUGGUGGUCCUGGCCCCAUAGUGAACCCCGGACAAGGACCCGGACCACAAGGUGGAGUCUUACAGCCCCAGGGUGGGAUCCCUCCGGGACCAGGAAUUUCUUUGGAAAGGCCUCAAGGGAGCAUGCAGCACUCUCCAGUGCCCCCAUCUGGUCCUGCUCCAGUAGAGAGAGUAUCAGGUCCUAUUCCGGAUCCUCGAGCCCCCAUACAGAGAGGGGGACCCCCAACAGCUGGCAUCCCACCCCGUGGUCUUCUUGGAGAUGGCCCUAAUGACCCGAGAGGAGGAACGCUGCUCACGGUUACAAGUGAUGAACAACCACUCAGCCGUGGUUACCUGCCCCCUCCUAUGCAAGGCGGUCCUCCCCUUCUCCAUGACAGAGGCCCGGCACCCCUAGACAACAGAGGAGGACCAAUGGCUGAACCACCACGAGCUAUGAUGGGAGAACCCCGAGGAGCGCCCAUAAUGGAUUCACGCGGGUCUCCUUUGGACGCACGAGGUAUACGAGAUCCCAGAGCAAUGGAACAACGACCUGGGGAGACGAGGGGCCCCAAUCCCGGACCGGGGCCAAAGGGACCUUUGCCUGGAAUGCAAGGACCCGCACCAGGGCCAGCGGGACCUCAGCCCUCAAGACAGGUCCCGGGUGUACAGGCAUCUCCAGCACAGGGCGGGUUUAGUCCCGGACAGAGUUCGGUCACUCCCCAGGACCACGAAAAGGCUGCCCUCAUCAUGCAGGUCCUACAGCUGACUCCAGAUCAGAUUGCCAUGCUGCCCCCUGAGCAGAGGCAAAGCAUCCUUAUCUUGAAGGAACAGAUCCAGAAAUCGACAGGAGCUCCCUGAGCCGUCUAGGUGUCCUUUUGUUGUGUAAUAUCCUGAAGAACUUUUC